GCAUCAUGGCCCCUCAUUGGUCUGUAUCCACUCCCACUACGGCUGGAGGGAUCACCCACAGUCUUCAGUUCUAGCGCUACCCACACGCGAGACCGUUCGGAGACCAUGAAGGUGUACUGCAGGAAUCUUUGUGUACUGGUACUGAUCCUGGUGUGUUUGGUUGACCGGACGCGAGGAAAGCCACCGCAGCUGGGUGUUUUGAGGGUUUGCACCGGGUGGUUUGAGGUUUUUGCUGCUGCUUUAUCGCUGUUAGAGGUGGAGACACGACCAGAAAAAGCCCGUUUUGGUCAAUCGCGGUCAUCUCACUAGUGCUGAUUGCAAGUUUGUUGGUUUUUCCUUGGAUCCCUUCGAUUCGAUCAAAAAGCUUUCUUGGAUUCCCCCAAAGCUUCGACCCAAAGCCUCUGGGAUUCCUUGGAUUCGCUUUGCCGAAGAAACUUUUGGACGACUGGAGAAGAUCGGUCGGAACCAAGAAGAAGGCUAGAUAGGACUCUGAUGGGCUCUGUAUAGAACACUGGGUGGAAACCACUUGAGAGGAUGGAGUCCUUCUGUUUUCUGGACAAGACUUGGAGUAUUAAAGGAGCGCACAGUGGAGAAGAUUAGCUGAAGAGGGCUGCCCACUUGAACCAAUGACUCUCUUAGUUGGACGACUUGCUUCCCUGACCGAACGGAAGCAAGGAUUGGAGGAGAACUCUCACAUUCAAAACCCUGGAAGCCAAAAAAGACUCCGCCUCUAUCCAACAAGUCUGGUGAGCGGUGGGAAAGAAACUUGUUGGUCUUCCUUUGUCACGUCAAAGAAGGGCCGACGCAAACGUUAGGUCUUCACAACUUGCGUCUGAAACGUCACGUCUUCGUUGGACACGUCACGUCACGGCACCGCGUCUUCGGUGACGGUGCAGACGUCCCCACGAGGCUCCAGAGGGAGAGCGCUUGCAAUACGAGGAGCGUUUCAAGCGCAUCUCCCGCGCCUACGAGAUCCUUUCGGACCCAGAGAAGCGUCGAACCUAUGACAUGCGAGGUGAGUCGGCCUUCGACGGCCGCGAUGCUGCCGGGGCGGGCCCUGGUGGCGGCUUCGGCCCUGGAAUGGACCCCUUUGACAUGUUCAGGAGCAUGUUCGGACAGAACUUCGGCUUUGGCGGCGUGCCGCGCACGCCCGACGUAGGCUACGAGGUGGAAGUGACCAUGGAGGAGAUGUACAAAGGCUUCAGCAAGACGAUCCGCUACGAGCGGGACGCCGUUUGCAGAAGUUGCCAGGGCCAAGGGGCGACCGAGCUGGAGACGUGUCCUGCCUGCCGCGGCAUGGGUGUCACCGUUGAAGAUCGCCAGUUCGGCGGCUACAUCCAGCGAGUGCAACGUGCCUGCGGGCGCUGUCGUGGCCAGGGGGUCCAGGCCAAGAACCGCUGCGGCAGCUGCAAAGGCCAUGGCUUCGUCAAGGAGCAGGUGGAGCUUCCGAUCACCGUGCCGCCCGGCUGUCCGGACAGGAAGCGCUUCAUUUUUCGUGGCAAAGCCGACGAGUCGCCGGGCAUGGAGACGGGCGACAUUCAGAUUGAAGUCAAGGAAAGGAGGCAUCCACACUUCACGCGGCUGAAUGAUGAGGACCUCUUGUUGCAGCAGAAGGUCUCGCUCUUGGAUGCCUUGUGUGGCGUCCGGUUCCGUGUCAGGCACUUGGAUGGUCAAACGCUCGACAUCGAGGGAGAGAAGAAGGUCCUUCGCCCGGGCGAGGUCUUGGUGGUGCCGGGCUAUGGGAUGCCGAAGAGGGCCGACCCGCGUCGCUGCGGCGAUUUGCUGGUCCGCUUCGAGGUGGAGUUCCCAGAGGAGCUGCCGACGGGGACGCAGCGGGAGACGGUGAGGCAGUUGAUCGACCCCAAGGCCCCCGACGGCUCGCGUUGGUCCUUCUUCAGUGGUCGAGGACGUGAAGCCAAAGCAGAGAAGCUGAGACCGCAGCGGCAGAAGGAGGUGGAGACCAUUCUGGAGCGCCAGCGAUGGGAGGAGCAGAGCCGGCAAAGUCAGGGCUCUAACGUUCGGCAAGAGUGCCACAUGCAGUGAGCAGUCCUAGCGGUCUCGCAAGCGCGUAGCAGCUGCUCGCUUGCGUAGCGCCGAGGAUGUGAGGUAAGUGGCAGUGACUGCUUUUUCAUGGUUAUCUGACG